AUGAAAAUGAAGCACGUCUCAUACUUGCUCUCAUCGCUCAUGUAUUUAAUCGCGUACGGUGUGUCUGGUUUCAGUACAGAUAAAGUGUCAGUGAUGGAGGGAGAUUCAGUCAUUCUACACCCUCAUAUUAAAACAAACCAACAGGUUAAAAUGAAAUGGUAUUUCAAUGACAUUUGCAUAGCUCAAAUCAAUAGAGACUGCAGACAGGCCUGUACAGAUGUUCAGUGUGAAGAUGUUAAUGAGAGAUUCAGAGACAGACUGAAGCUGGAUCAUCAGACUGGAUCUCUGACCAUCACAAACAUCACAAACACAGACUCUGGAGAAUAUAAACUGAAGAUCACCAGCAAAAGCGGCAGAAUCAGUAGAAAGGCAUUCAUUGUUGCUUUAUAUGGUUUUGUUGGUGUUGAUACAAGAGAAGUGUCCAUGUUGGAGGGAGAUUCAGUCACUUUACACACUGAUGUUAAAGCAAACCAACAAAACAGAAUAACAUUUAGAUGGUAUUUUACUGGCUCUCAAAUAGCGGAAAUCACUGGAGAUCACACUGAUAUCUGUACAGAUGUUCAGUGUGAAGAUGCUUAUGGGAAAUUUAGAGGCAGACUUGCUAUGGAUCAUCAGACUGGAUCUCUGACAAUCACAAACACCAAAACCACAGACUCUGGACUUUAUAAACUACAGAUCAACAGCAGCAAAUUCAGCAUCAUAAAGACAUACAGUGUUAGUAUCUCUGGUGUUUUUGGUUACGGAGCCAUCUUGCAAGUUUUUGUGAAGGAGGGAGAUUCAGUAACUCUACACACUGAUGUUGAAGCAAUCCAACAAAAAGAUAUUAAAUGGUAUUUUAAUGACAUCCGAGUGGCUGAAAUCAAUGAAGAUCUCAGUUUUAUUUGCACAGAUGUUCAGUGUGAAGAUGUUAAUGAGAGAUUCAGAGACAGACUGAAGCUGGAUAAUCAGACUGGAUCUCUGACCAUCACAAACAUCACAAACACAGACUUUGGAUUCUAUAAGGUACAGAUCAACAUCAGCAGCAGAAUCAGUGAAAAUAUCUACUUUGUUGCUGUAUAUGGUGUUCCUGCUGUUAAAUCAGAUGAAAUGUCAGUUGAGGAGGGAGAAUCUGUCACUUUAGAUCCUGGUGAAACUAAAAGCCCAAAUGAUGUGAUGACGUGGUAUUUUAAUGACAUUCUCAUCGCUGAAAUCACUGGAGAUCAGAGUAAGAUCUGUACAGAUGAUCAGUGUGAUGAGAGAUUCAGAGACAGACUGAAGCUGAAUCAUCAGACUGGAUCUUUGACCAUCACAAACACCAGAACAACAGAUUCUGGACUUUAUGAACUGAAGAUCAUCAGCAGCAGUGGUGGCACCAUUGUAAAGAGAUUCAGUAUUAUUGUCGGUAGUUUUUUCAGUGUUGAUACAUGUGAAGCGCCAGUGAUGGAGGGAGAUUCAGUCACUCUACACCCUGAUGUUGAAACAAACCAACAAGGCAGAAUGAGGUGGUAUUUUAACAGUAUUUACAUAGCUGAAAUAAGUAAAGAUCUCAGUGAGAUCUGUACAGAUGUUGAGUGUAAUGAAGGAACUGAGAGAUUCAGAGACAGACUGAAGCUGGAUCAUCAGACUGGAUCUCUGACCAUCACAAACAUCACAAACACAGACUCUGGACUUUAUGAACUACAGAUCAUCAACAGCAGAAUCAGUCAAAAGAAAUUCAUUGUUGCUGUAAAUGGUGAAUCAAUUUGAUUAUAAACAAGUCUUGACAAUUAACUUUUUUUUUCAGCAAAUCAGUGAGCUGUUGGUUUGUGUUUCAGGUGUUGCUGCUUCUGAACGAGAUAAAAUGAAGA